UAGUUAACAAUUUGGGUUCAGAUGUUGAUUGGAGCUAUUCCACGGUCCCGCAACAGGGUGCCAAAGAACGAAGAAUACCUUACCCUCGAGGAAAGGUCUUGGGCGGCUCGUCAGCUAUAAAUUUCAUGAUGAGCAGUAGGGCUGAAGCGGAGGAUUACAAUACAAUCGAACGGCUGGGAAAUCCAGGAUGGGGAUGGUCGGAGGUCGAAAGGGCAUCAAAGAAGAGUGAACGAUUGAUCAUCCCUCCAGCGGAUUCUCCAUAUAUUUUCUCUCCCGAAAGCCACGGGACAGAUGGUCCGGUUACCAAUUCGUUUCCUAAAUAUAUCCCACCCCAAUUCAAGCCUUAUUUUUCAGCCUGCACUGCGACUGGUCAUGUGAUUCAAAGCAAGGAUCCCUUUGCUGGCAAACUGGAGGGAGCUUACAUUUACCCUUCAACUAUUGACGCAAAGGGCUGCCGCGUGACGAGCGCGACUGCAUAUUAUUUUCCUCAUCAGUCACGUAGCAAUUUCGUUGUACGAAGCAAUUGCGAGGUGGACAAACUUAUUCUGAAGAAAAGUGACACCAGCUCGGAAGUGCAAGUGCUUGGAGUCGAAUACUCUAAUUGCGGGACGCAUUGUCGUGUCAUGGUUGAAAGGGAAGUGAUAAUGAGCGCCGGUUCUAUCGGAACACCUGCGAUCCUAGAGAGGAGUGGGAUAGGAAGCGAACGAAUUUUGAAACCGUUAAACAUACCAUUGGCACUGAAUCUUGAGGGCGUCGGCUCGAAUUUUUCGGAUCAUAUAUUUGUGUUUGCAAGUUACCGGCUCAAACCUGGUCACAAAACCUUAGAGGAUCUGACCAGGGACCCGGAAUACGCUGCCGAGCAAAAGUCGAUACAUGAGCAGUCCGGAGGUGGUUUAUUCAGUCAUCCCACUUCUAUCUUUAACUUUCAAGCCCUGAAAUCACUCGUAAGUGAAGAGGAGAUGCGCGAGGGACUGAAGCUUCUCGAGACUUGUCCAAGCUAUCUGCCGCCCAAGCAAUUUGAAGCCGUCGUUAAUCGAAUCAAAAACGGAGUAGCGCUAGAAUUCAGCUUAGUCAACACCUUCUUUGUUCGUGAUUAGCCCUGAUCUAAAAUAAA